AGCCUAGAAAACAACUUAGCUUCUCCAGGAACAGAUGAAGACGACCCAGAUAAGAAACGGCAGAAGAAGCGAGGGAUUUUUCCCAAAGUGGCGACCAACAUCAUGCGAGCCUGGCUCUUCCAGCACCUCACGCACCCCUACCCCUCUGAAGAACAGAAGAAGCAGUUAGCUCAGGACACAGGCCUCACCAUCUUACAAGUGAAUAACUGGUUUAUUAACGCCAGGAGGAGGAUAGUGCAGCCCAUGAUUGACCAGUCCAACCGAGCAGUGAACCAGGGAACUCCAUACAGCCCAGACGGGCAGCCAAUGGGGGGCUUCGUUCUGGACAGUCAGCAGCACAUGGGCCUCCGACCUCCCGGUCCAAUGGGUGGCAUGGGCAUGAACAUGGGAAUGGACGGGCAGUGGCACUACAUGUAACUCUCCACACCAGCGCUGUGAACGGGGUUCCACAACAGCUCUUUGGGAUUCUCCAGCACCAGCUGAGGAGUGUUACAGACCAACACAGCACCUGUCCUCGUUAGACCACACACACACACACACACACACACACACACACACACACACACACACACACACACACACACUCCGCUCAGCAUGGUGCUCCAAACCCCCACCAACCCCCACGACCCCCACCACUGGAUCCAACCUGGAGAUACACACCAACACAGGACCACCAGAGGAGCUUAAAAACUCUAAACAAGAACUAAUGAAAGACCCAGAGGAGUUGAGGCCUGUUGGCUUUCUUGAUUUGCUUGUUUGUUCAUGACGGGACUGCCUUUUUUAUUUUUAUUAUUAUUUAUUUAUUUGGAUCAUUUUUACCAUGAGGACCAGAGCGUGUGGACACUUUCGCUCACCACAAGGCUGACAUUCCACCGCACACACAGACACACACACACACACACACACACACACACACACACACACACACACACACACACACACACAGAG